CGAAAGAAGGAAUAUUUUUAAAUUAAAAUUUAGUGUAUGCGUGUCAUUUUGUUUAUUUAGUUGAACAUUAAAUGACUUUUUCAUUAAUAAGUUCUUCGUGGUUAACAUUUUGUACAAAAUUAAUGUCAAAUAACGUUUUUUAUAGCUGGACGGAAAUCUUUUUAUACGUGAAUAAUGGAAAAAAUAGUGCAAAAGGUGAAAAAACAAAAAGUGGACGAACGAAUUUGUUCAAAUCAUUCAAAAAAGUCUUCUCUGCUCAGUAAAACUCUAAUGACUCUUGAUGGAUUUCUGCUUUCAACGUUUUCAAACAUGGGCUCUUGCAUUCCUGAUAAACUUGUUACUAAAGAAGAGCUAAUUAAAGAACUUAGUGACGAAAUCAAUGAAUACGGAAAGUCAGCAAAAAAGAAUGAAAAAGAAAUAACUUUGGGAUUCAGACGACGCACAUCAACCAUUUCAGAGUUUAAAACCAGUGAGUCACGCACUAAAGAGAUAUGCAGGCGCAGUUGGGGACCAGAUAACACCUGGUCCAGUCAAUUUGUCAGCGUAAACUCUUUUACAAAUACAAAAUGUAAAGAAAUGAACACAUACAACAAAAGUGAUACUACAGUUUCAAAUAAUCAAAACUAUAAAAAAACAAUCAAUUUUAAACCAAAAGAGGUAUUAGAAAAACGUAAAAAAGACGUAAUGAAGAUGUUUUCUUGGCAAAUAGGCGAAAGUCUAGACUAUGUUCACACUGAAAAGGCAGAAAGUCUUAUGGACGUGGAAACAAUUUUAGACGUUAUGUUAACUUCAACAAUCCCAAUACAAGUAACGUUUAAAGUCAAUUCCUCGAUAGACAUUUCUAUAACCUAUCAGUUUUUACCGAAAUUCAAAGACGAGUAUAUGGUUUUAAAAAUUAGCCGAACCCAUUGCAUGGUUAUGCGAGCGUUUUAGAAACGAAGACCUUUGGUGCAAUCGUCGUUAUAACUGACAAUUUUUUAUGUAAGUUAUUAUAUAAGUGUACGCCUAUAAAUAACACUCUGUUUCCUGCUCAACUAUUUUCAA